AUGACUCGUUGGCUUGUCAUAUUCCUUGUCUUAGUUUCCCUAUGCUCCGCUCUUUGCGUCCGUCCCGAAAACCCUCCACCACGUCGGGUGGGUUCUCCCUCUCCAGCACCUUCCAUUGUCGGUAGUCCGGGGACUGGAGCUGGCAGUGGAGGCGGCGGUGGUGGUGGAGGAGGAGGAGGCGGUUCAUCAGUUAGCUCUGGGUCUGGGUUCGGAUCAGGAGGUAGUCGUGGUGGAAGUGUGGGUGGUGGUGGUGGUGGUGGUGGAGGUGAUGGCUAUGGCUUUGGAAGCGGAAGCAGUGGAGGAGAUGAUGGCGGCAGCAUGCCUAGGAAGGUUGGGAAGAGUACUUGA